CAGAUAAAUGAAAUGAAAUGAAAAAAAUGUACCGGUUGUUUCCUCUCUCUCUCUCUCUCACUCUCAAUCCACUGUAUAUCAUCACGCCAUCUUAAUUUAAUCAUCACCAUUGCUUUAUGAUGAUGAUGAUGAUGAUGAAUAAAAAAAAUUAUCUAGAAUUUUAUAUUUUUGAUUGAAUUAUCAUCAUCAUCAUUCUGCUUUCUUCUUGUUUUUGUUGUUCUGCGGUUACAUUUCACUAUUUUUUUUUUAAUCAAAGUUUUUCUACGAAAUCAAUCUCGGUGCUCGUCUUUCUCUCACUUUCAGUUUCACUUUCACUUUCAUUCAUCACCAUCGUCAAAGGGUUAAAAAAAAUUUUUAGAAUGAACGAAAUAAACCCGUUGAACCUUUUUUGAAAAUUGAUUUUUGAUAAGAAGAAAAACUGCGAACAAAAUGUUAAAUACAGCCACAUCGAUGGCAUCUUAUUAUACAAAAUUUUCAACAACAACAUCAUCCGCAUCAUCAUCUUCAUCUUCGUCUUCAUCAUCAUCAACAUUAUCAACACCAAUUCGAACGACGAUGGCAUCAAAAAAUCACAGUUACAAUAAUCAACAACAACAACAACAACAAAAUAUUGGACGUUUUGGUUUUACCUAUACGAAUAACAAUAAAAAUCAUCAUAAUAAGAAUAUUAAAAAUAAUGAUAAUGAUAUUGUAUAUAUGACUGGUGAUAUAAUCGGUACUGAUUAUUUUGUAUCAUCACUUGAUUUUGAAUAUGAUUUAUUUUUAAAUGGUCUUGUUAAUUGUGAUAAUUCUGGUUAUCGUAAACGAAUUAAUAAACAUCAUCAACAGCAACAGCAACAAUUGAUUUAUGAUUUACCAUCAUUGAUUGAAUCAAAAAAUCAAGCAUUAACAUCGACAACGACAAAAUCAAACAAUGAUAAUUAUCGUGAUGAAUAUCGUUGGCCGCCGUUAUUAUUAUCAAUGCGUGAACAGCAAUCAGCGCCCUCACCACCAAUUAAAUCACCACAAGAUUCAUCAACAUCAACAUCGAAAACUGAUUGUCUAUUCGCUGCUAUUGUUAAUUCACCAUUAUCACGUGCAGCAACAGCAUAUAAACAACAUUUACAAAAAUCAUCUACAUCAUCGACAUCAACAUUAUUAUUACAACAAAAACAAUCGGCUAUUCCAAAUGAUUACAGUGUUUUACCCACAUCAUCAUCAAUAAUUGGCCAUAAUAAUGGUAAACAACAAAAUCAAAAUCAACAACAUUUACAACAAUCUAGUCAACAACAACAUUCAAAUAAUCAAAAUCAUUCAUUCAUAAAUUCAAAAACUAAUCAGCCAAUUUCUUUAUCAUCAACAACGACAACGUCGACGACAACGAUAACAUCAUCAACCGCAGCUAAGAAUAGUAAUAAAAUUUCCAAUCAAAAUGCAAUAUCGAUCGGAAAUGUUUGCCAACAAAAUGGACAGAUAGUAAAUUCGAAUGUUGGUGGUAAUAAUUCAACGAUACAAUCAUCAUUAUCACAGCAAACAUCAUCAUUGUCAACGAAUUUAAUGAAAAUGAAUGAUUCAAAAAUUCUACCACCAUCAUCAUUGUCAUUGUCAUCGUCGAUAAUUUCGGCAUCAUCAACAUCAUCUUCAACGACCAAUCAACCCUCAACAACAACAAUGGUAACGAAUGAUGAAAAUGUUGUUGACAUUAUGGAUAAUAUAAAUGCAAAUCUUGGCCAUCAACAUUUACAUGCUUUACAUCGAUUUCGGCAACAAAGAAAAAAAGGCUUGAUUAGUCGUCUUAAAGAUGUUGUAAUAAGUUUUACACCAAAAGCACGUUGUUCAUUAGUAAAUCGUUUGGAUGAUAUUUAUUCACGUUAUGGUAAAGAUGAAAAAGAUGCAUUAGAAACAUUUAAUUUUUUAAAUGAAAUUAAUAUUGACGAUAAUAAUUUGAUGAUUGAUUGUGAUGAUGACAAAAAUGUUGAUGAUCAUUGUGUCGACGAUAACAACAACAACAACAACAAUGAUGAUAAUUCAACGACAUUCAAUAAUAAUGAUAAUCCAGUCAAAGUGAAUGAACCAUAUUUAUGUCCAAAUGACAACGAGGAUGACAACAACGAUGAUGAUAAUCAUCUUGAAAUAAAUCUUCAAAUGGAAGAAUAUGAUCUAAUUCAUCCAAUCUGUGAUAAUACAAAUCAGGAUCAAAUAUUAAAUGAUGAUGAUAAUAACAAUGAUGAUAAUGUUAAUGAACAAAAGAUUAUCAACGAAGUGUUAAACAAUUCAUCCAAUGAUGAUGAUGAUUGUGAUGAUAAUGAAACAAACAAUCAAAUAAAUUUAUCAUCAUUAUCAUCAAUAGUAGCUAUACAUAAUCAUAGUCGACAACGACAAAGACAUAAAUCACCACCUGAAUCAAUUUCAUCAUCAUCAUCAUCAACAUCACCAUUAAAAUCAAAUCAUUCAUUAAAAUUACAAAAAUUUUGUCGUUUUGGUUUUCCACGUAAAUCUAGUUCAUUGGAAUUUCAAACACCAAUAACAACAACAACAAUAAUGAAACGUUCAGAUGAACGAAUAUUGGAUAAUAAUUCUGGAUCGCAUUCAGUUCAAGAAACAUUACCAAUAUCAUCGAAUAAUGGUAGCGGUGGCGGUAAAUUAUUAUUAUUUUAUUGUAAUGAUCAGCAUAAUAAUCAAGGAUUAUUAACGAAUCAAUAGUAAAAAAAUGUUAAAAAAUAGUAAUAAAUUUAAAAAUAAAUUUACAACAACAUCGA